CGAGCUCAGCUCCAGCACCAGGUAAGCACUCGUUGAUUCGUGAACGGAAGCAUUUUGACAACAUUAUCCUAUGAACGCUGUACUACUUGCUACUUAUCAGGUUCUCUCCUCCCGUGCUACCAACGGCAGUGAUAGCUCAGAUGACUCAAAUUGGAGUCCUAUGCAGAUAACAGCCCCCAUAAUUGUUGGCGUUGCACUCAUUCUGAUCUUUGCUGCAUACAUCAUAUGGCACAAAUGGUCGGACCAUUUCAAAUAUCAUUUUCGCCGGGUUCGAGAUGCAUCCGUCUCGAGAAUUUCACAGGUCUUCACGCCUCAAUAUCGUCGUCGAGUACAGCAUACUAGCGUCCCCGUUACGCUGGAUGAGUCCAUGGCCACCCCACGUCACAUACGAAGAUACCACUCGACAUAUACUCGAUCGGAUUCAACCGAUUCAGAAACACCACUAAGAGACUCCAUCGAAUUCUCUUUCCCACCCCACAAAUAUCAUUUUGAACCUUUGCGCAAACCAACACAUGAGAAGUCUCAGCGACCUGGAAGGCGAUUAUGGCGCUGGUGGGCUCUUUUUGGUGUGGGUCCUCGAGAGGUCAAGCCAAAAGUUCCAAGCGAUCGCUGGGUGGUAGAGGGUCCUGAUGAGAAUAGUACUGUGGGGCACGGGGAUGGAUCGGUCAACAGCCCAAGCGCUGAAACGAGACCAAGAUGGACGAGCGGUCUCGCACCGGUGCAUGAACAGACGAGUGAUGACGAGCUUGACCGAGGAAUCUAUGAAGGGGUCAUCCAAAUCGGAGAUCCUGAUUCCUCCUCUACACACUCAGUGACACCGAUGGCUCCAGAAUACCCCCAAGGUGUUACAGCACCUGUGCCAUCUGGGUCGGUCCCUUCAUCGGCCAGAACGGCAGCACCGGAAUACAGUGCAGCCGGAGGUCGGUAUUCGCCAUCUAAUUCGCGGACCAUGACAACCGCACCAACAACUCAUAUUCAACAAAGUUCCUAUACCCCGGGACCUACCCACUCAAACUCACCCGCCCCUCCGAUGUACAGUUCGAUUUCACAUAGCAGAAAUGCGUCCGUUGAGAGUUAUGUAUAUUCCAGCAACCCUGACCUGACGUCGCUCUAUCCAUCGUCGGUGCGCGCCGUGGCACGGGCUCUCCCGCGUAUAUACCAGCAUGAACGACAAAUGUCGACGGAGAGCAUGCUUGCGAACUCGGCCCCCAUGGUACCACAGAGCAUGUACUAAUCAAUCUCGGUUCCUCGAUAUCCUCGAGGACGAAUAGACGCCAGCGGAACUGUACCCUAAAAAUGAAGUUUGUCAAGGCUGAUAAAUGUUUUUGUAUCCAUUACUACUCGUAGCACCAUGCCUGCCCCCCGCUUCACCCAUUUCCAUGGUGUCCUUUGGCCCGUGCCACGCCCUUCAACAGUCACGACUCCUUCACGUUCGUCCGUUGACAUAUUUUUAUACUAUCUUGCUGUUUCGUGUCUUUGGCACUGAGACAAGGACUCGUUCAUCUCUUUGGUUGUAUUUUUCGUAGCCAUUUGGUGUACUUAUCGUUGUACCAGCGCAAUUCUGAAGACCCGGCAACUAAUCAAAUGUAGUUCUGUUAUCAUUGCUGCGGAAUCUGUUGCAAAUUUUUCUGCUUCGUAUGGUUAUUUCCCGAAAGGAGGUCAAGGCAGCCGAACUAGUG